AUGAGCGGCCGAGUCGGGGACCUGAGCCCCCAGCAACAGGAGGCGCUGACCAGGUUCCGGAAAAAUCUCCAGGACCUGCUGCCCACCCUGCCCAAGACUGAUGAUUACUUCCUCCUGCGCUGGCUCCGAGCUCGGAACUUUGACCUACAGAAAUCUGAGGACAUGCUCCGGAAGUACGCUGAGUUCCGAAAGCAGCAGGACCUGGACAACAUCCUCACCUGGCAGCCCUCAGAGGUGAUCCAGCGGUAUGACUCAGGGGGUCUGUGUGGCUAUGAUUACGAAGGCUGCCCUGUGUGGUUCGACAUCAUCGGGACCCUCGACCCCAGGGGUAUCCUCCUGUCAGCCUCCAAGCAAGAGAUGAUCCGGAAGCGCAUCAAGGCUUGUGAGCUGCUUUUACACCACUGUGAGCUGCAGAGUGAGAAGCUGGGCAGGAGGGUCGAGACGAUGUUGAUGGUGUUUGACAUGGAGGGGCUGAGCCUAAGACAUCUGUGGAAGCCAGCUGUGGAGGUCUACCAGCAGUUUUUCACCAUCCUGGAAGCAAAUUAUCCUGAGACUGUGAAGAAUUUAAUUGUCAUUCGAGCCCCCACGCUGUUCCCUGUGGCCUUCAAUUUGGUCAAAUCAUUUAUGAGUGAGGAGACGAGAAAGAAGAUAGUGAUUCUGGGAGGCAACUGGAAGCAGGAGCUGACAAAGCUCAUCAGCCCCGACCAACUGCCCAAGCACUUUGGGGGAACCAUGACUGACCCCGAUGGCAACCCCAAGUGCCUGACCAAGAUCAACUAUGGGGGUGAUGUGCCCAAGAGCUACUACGUGCGCAACCAGGUGAAGGUGCAAUAUGAACACACAGUGACUGUGGGCAGAGGUUCUUCUGUGCAGGUGGAGAAUGAGAUCCUGUUCCCAGGCUGUGUGCUCAGGUGGCAGUUUGCAUCAGAGGGGGCCGACAUUGGCUUUGGGGUUUUCCUGAAGACCAGAAUGGGGGAGCGGCAGCAUGCCGGGGAGAUGACAGAGGUGCUGCCCAGCCAGCGCUACAAUGCCCACAUGGUGCCCGAGGAUGGAAGUCUCACCUGCGCGGAAGCUGGUGUCUAUGUCCUGCGCUUUGACAAUACCUACAGCCUGGUGUUUUCCAAGAAGCUCAGCUACACUGUUGAGGUGCUGCUCCCUGACAAGGCCUCUGAGGAGAAGAUUCAGAGUUUUGAGGCAACAAAACCAUCCCCCGCGCAGUGAAGACCCCUGCCGCCUCUGUGCCUGUGCUCACCGACUCUUUAGGGCCCUCCUCCCUGUUCCAGGCCCUCCCAGGCAGGGGAGUACUGGAGGUGACCCCAGAGAGUCACCCAGAGAGUCUGAUCUCAACUCAUUGUGUGCCCCCCUGGCACAGGGGCCAAGCAGGAACACAUGUCAGAUGCCACACCCA